UACAGCAUUUUGGCUUCUCUUCGAGGAAGCUUCAUGCAAAUUACCUCAAUGCUGUGAUCUGUGAAGUGACAGAAUCAACAGUGUUGUAAUAAUCUGUAUAAAUUACAUACAAAGACACCACAAGCAACGAAAAAGUUCUGAACCUUUACUCCAAUGCGUGACAGGAAAAGCAGAUGAUGAUCAGUUCAACUGAGUAAAAAUCAGCUACAACAUGUCUGUCUCUGCAGAUGUUUCCACUCCUUCUGUUAACUUGUACUGCAAUGAAACAGCUGGUGAUGCACUUUGUUCCAGUAAUGAUGGUGGCAUUAGUGAAAUCAACUCUGCAUAUCUUCCAGUUGAUAUCGACGAGAGCUAUAUCGAUAACAUCCUCGUUUCCGAGCUUCAUCAAAUGCCAGAAACUGAGCUAAUUACUCGAUUUCCUGACAUUCCAGAAUCUGGUUCUGCUCAUCAAGACACGCUGAAUUGGAUGUUGAAGGUGCAUGCUUACUACCGGUUUAGGCCCGAGACAGCAUAUCUCUCUGCUAACUAUUUUCAUUGUUUCAUAUUAUCUCAUACUUUGCAGAAAGGUAAAGGAUGGCCCCUGCAGCUAUUAGCGGUAGCCUGCCUAUCUUUAGCAGCAAAAUUGGAGGAAACAAGAGUCCCAUCUCUUUUAGACAUACAAACACUAGAACCCAGAUUCUUAUUUAAACCAAGUACAGUUCGAAGGAUGGAACUUUUGGUAAUGGGCAGUCUCAAGUGGCGAUUACACAUCAUUACGCCUUUCUCUUUUCUGCAUUAUUUCAUUGCUAAGCUUUCACAUCUCAGCCCCAGAAGUAAGAAUCUCAUCUUAGCUCAUUCAUCCGAUGUUAUUAUCAGCACAUGUAGAGUGAUGAAUAUCUUGGCUUAUACUCCAUCCACAAUAGCAGCAGCUGCAGUGCUAUGGGUGACUGAUCAGAGUAUUGGUUGCCCCAAAUUGGAGUGCUUUCACAACAGAAUGAACAAGGAAAUGGUGAAAGGAUGCUACAACCUUAUUAAGCAAAACACGCCUCAAUUGUCUCGUGGUAAAGCACUUGAUGCAACCAUGCCAGGGAAAUGUUUUGCGAAGAAAUGCUGGAGGAAGGAUUUCAAGUCAAGCCAAGACAUGUCUCCAAGCAAGUGCUGAAAAUGGAAGCUGCUUACAAUAUUUAUAUAUCAAAAGCUCGGUCUCUCUGAUUUUUUUUUCCCAAUGCUUUCUCAAACGUGGCCUUUAGAAAGAUGGAUUUAUCUUUCAUUUUAUACUGUUGGUUUGUUUGAGUUGACUCGAAAGGCAAUUUUGAGAAAAGUUUGCUGUUAAUAAACAACUAUCUCGAUCGAAAAACAUGAA